GUCGUGCGCAUCUGGUAGGGUAUUUUCGUUUGAGCACCAUAAGGUCUUAUUAGUUCUGUUUCUAAGGAUGCGCUAUAUUGGUGUCAUUGUUCUCUUGUUGUGCCUUGAGAUGAGUCUCUUUGUGUUCUCUUGUUGUGCCUUGAGAUGAGUCUCUUUGUGUUCUCUUGGUGUGCCUUGAGAUUGAGUUAUCUGUGUGGUGUUAUUCCCCAGUAUUGGGUAAGUUAGUUUAUUUUACUAUCUUCUACAUGUCCUAGCUUUACAAUCGUUUCUUUAAUAAUCGUGAGAAUGGCGGUAUCAAAGGAGUGUGUAUUUUUCUUAUGUAGGGACGCAGGCUUGGACUCUGCUGGAGUCAAGUCUGAGUUGUAGGCUUGGUAGUUGACUAUUGCCCGUGGCGUUGGGUUGGCAUUGUGAGGCCUGAUUGACUAUGGCACUGAGAUUAAGGUGUGCUAUAGCCCUUUGAAUGUAAUCUGUAAUUGCCAUUGAUAGUUAUUCAUAAUGUAUGCCUCAUAAUAUCAUAUAUAUCAUUAACUCAUUAAACCUUUGUUGUUAUAUGCAAUAUUGUUAUUCACUAGUAUACGUUAAUAUUUGGUUUAUUCGUUCCUAGAUAUUUAUUGCAUAAAUUGAUUACUAGACUGUUAGGGGUGCCCAGGCAGACGAGCCAAGGCUAAAUUAUAACCCCGGCAUAAAGCUAAUAAACACUGCUCAGGUGGGGAGCCCGGCGGAGUACAUCAUACCCUAGAUGAGCGCGAGGACAAAACCCACCUGACAGAAAUGGGGGCUCUGGGAAACAAUAUGUAAAUGUCAAAUUUGUGACCUCUGUGUCCUUUAUUUGACCGCUAGGGCCAGUAUAAAAUGCAGAUACAUAAUGGAUAUGUUUUGUAUAUUUUAAAGUGAUCAGUAAAUACAUUUAUGAUGUUAAAGCGGUCUGCUGUUGUGCAGCACUAAAUAGAUUAGACGGGCAUCCCUUGUAUUUUGUCUAAUGGGAUUAGUUCACAAUAUGUAUCGAGAAACUUAGAGUGUAUAUUUACUAUUUGAAACUAUUGUAACCUGUUCUUUUAUUUAUUGUCACCAACGCCUGAAUCCUCUGACUCUGAGCGCAACGUGUGAGUGGAUCGAGUGCCUGUCGACGGGAUCGACCUGAAACUGUGUGUCUUGCUGGCUGGUGUACCGGAACCGUCCUGAAGUUAGAACCGUUGGUCUGCUCCAGUGGCUUUGGUUGUCUGUGGUUUUUCUCUUCUGCGGAGCCUGGAGUGAGGCGAUUUUCUUCCGACGCGGGAUACUGAGCAGAUAAGUCCUUGGCCCUGUUUUUGUCGAUGCGCCCGUGAUUUCAGUUAGCCCGUUGUAAUUAAGAAAUAAUAUAUAUAUAUUUUUCCUUUUUAUCUCUAUGAUCUAACUUUGGUUUUUGUUAGCGAUAGUUAGACUGUAAGUAUUAUUUAAUAGUCUGUGUGAUGGAGACGAGGUUGACUCUAACCGCCCAGUUCAUCAGUGACGGCCGUGCUCUCGGGUAUGAUGGUGAGAGGUUGGAGAGGUAUGUGACAGAGCAGAAGGCUGACUACGAGAGAGCCAAGAAGGAGGAGUUUGAACGAGAGACGGCUAGGCUUGAGCGAGAGGAGAGAUUGAAGAAAGAGGCGAAGGCUGAGGAAGAGAGGUUGAGAAAAGAGGCGAAGGCAGAGGAAGAGAGGUUGAGAAAAGAGGCGAAGGCAGAGGAAGAGAGGUUGAGAAGAGAGGCGAAGGCGGAUGAAGUCGCUAGACAUGAACGGGAGGAGAAGGCCAGGCGUGAGGAACACGAGAGGUGGAAGGAGAGAGAUGCUAGAGAGGAGCUCAAGAGAAAAGAUGAACUGGAGUUGGCACGGCUUAAAGAGAAGUCGGCGCCAGAGGCAGGUGCAGUGGUAGGUCAGGCAGUUGAGGUGCGACAAAAGAGUGUCUUGGACAGGCUAGACAAGAACUUCCAAGGCAUGAAGGAAGAGGACGAUCUUCUGGCGUACCUGACGCACUUUGAGGCCGUGGCAGCAAGGUGUAAGAUUGAGAGUAAAGAGUGGGCCUUACUGUUAUCCUACAAACUGACGACACCUCUCAAAAACUUUAUGUUGAGGGACAGUCUGUUCCUUAACGACAAGUAUGAGGAUGUCAAAACGGCACUUCUCCGCCACGCAGACAUCAAUGCGGAGACAUGCCGCAAAAGGUUCCACCGGGUCAAACCACGGCAGAAUGACUUCCGUGGGUAUGUGACUGAGCGGAGGACCGCGCUGGACAACUGGUGCAAAAUGGCCGAGGUAGGAAAGACAGUAGAUGAGAUAAAAGAUCUUUUGAUUAAAGACGGGAUACUUGAAAGUGUAUCAAGUGAGGUGUACAGGCAGCUUGUCUUAAACAAACAGAGUACGGUAGAGAACAUGCUGGAGGUAAUCGAAGGUUUUAAGGUGGCUGAUUCGAAUGUUUCAAUUAGUAAAGAAGAAACUGUGUAUGUGGCAGCAGCAUGUUGUGAGCCUGUGAUAAAGCAGAGUCCAGUGGUUAAAAGAAAGGUAAUUGUUUGUUUUCGGUGUGGUGAGCAAGGUCAUAAAUCAGCUGAGUGCCCUAAUGAAUUUGUUGCCCAAAAUAAUGAGACAGAUGUUGAGGAUGUAGAUCCCAAUGAUAUUGUCAAUGACCAAGACCAGCGAUCUAGACAUAGAUGACUAGAGGGUCGUCGCGAUUCGGAAGGUCGCCGUAGGUAUAAGUUAAUGCCGGAUCGUUAUACAGUUACUAUUAGGAAUUUGCCAUUCAAUGUUAACUGGCAAAAGCUUAAGGAUAGGUUUAGGGAGUUUGGUUUGUUUGGGUUUGUGGAGGUUUUAGAGGCAAACGGGAAGUCCAUGGGUGUUGGACAUGUAAGGUUUAAGAACUUAGCAGACGUUGCUAAGGCCGUUAGAUAUUUGGACAGGUCGAAAUUUGGUAGUAGAAGUAUUGUGGUAGUCCCUCAUCGCGUGAGCUCGAGAGGUUGACGUGAUGAUUAAGUUAGUAAUUUGGUCGCAUCGGUAAAUUUUGCGGGCGUGGUUUGAUAGGCUAGCACACACAUGAAAGUAUUGCGUUACUAGUUGGUUGAGUAAUUGGUAGGAGAGUAAAAUGUAAAUGAUGAAGUUCAUGUAAUAGAGCAUAUACCAUCGUAAAAGUACAAUCUUAUCCUAUUUGAAUUUAGCAAUUGGAUCUGGGUUACGAAUCUAGUUGCAUUUUCUGUCGUAUAGGAUGAAGAUCAUUAAUGACAUGCUUAAUUGUACCGCGGGUGGUAUAAUAGUAGCAUUAUCUUGUUCAACUGUUUUUCUUAAAGAUAUCUAAGUUAAAGGAAGGUUUAAGGCUUAAAGUGGUCUGGAGGGUUGUAAAAAUUAAUACCUGUAAUUAUUAAUCAUACCUAUUAAUCGCGUUGGCGGGUUUGUACAGUAGGUACGCCUGGGUACGCGGAGUUGUUUCCUUUUACCAAUUUACUAUGUCGGAGUUGGUCUGUUAAGGUGCACUGGAAUCAUGAGUGCGCGGAGGCUUUGAGCAGGGUGCAGGCGUAUCUGUGUAGGUACCCCAUUCUUCGUUUGCCUGAUCCUUCAUUGCCAUUUUUUCUUCAGACCGAUGCUUCGGACAAAGGAAUCUCCGGUAUACUGAGUCAGUGCGUGAAAGGUGUUCUGCAUCCCGUCAAGUAUGCGAGUCGCAAGUUGUUGCCUCGGGAGCAGAGGUAUUCCAUCAUCGAGAGAGAAGGCUUGGCUAUUGUAUUUGCCAUUAGAAAACUGGACAGAUACCUUAGGGGAACGACGUUUCACCUUCAGACAGACCACAAGGCCUUGGCUUACCUCCGGAGCACGAACUUUACGAACCACCGUGUUACGAGGUGGGCGCUGAUGCUCCAGGACUACAAUUUCGACGUGUGUCACAUAAAAGGAGAGGACAAUAUACUUGCAGACUUGUGCUCAAGACUGGUGUGAUUCGCACAAAAAGACUAUUUUAUUAUAGCUAUUGAUUGAUAUAUAUGAAUAUGUAUGUAAUAUGUAUUGCUUGUUUUAUUAUGCAAUGUAAUGUUAUAAUGUUUUAUGAUGGAUGUUGUUCUUUGCGACAUCAUCUCUGUGAAUAAUUCUGUGAUUCUUCGGCUUCAAUGUUGGGCAAUGUGUCCUAAUUUCUUUUGCUGUCUCUAUACUUCAGUUUUCAAUUUUUUUUUGAAGACUGGACUUGUUUUCGCAAGAUCCAGUUAGAGGGAGAGGGGGGAUGUCGUGCGCAUCUGGUAGGGUAUUUUCGUUUGAGCACCAUAAGGUCUUAUUAGUUCUGUUUCUAAGGAUGCGCUAUAUUGGUGUCAUUGUUCUCUUGUUGUGCCUUGAGAUGAGUCUCUUUGUGUUCUCUUGUUGUGCCUUGAGAUGAGUCUCUUUGUGUUCUCUUGGUGUGCCUUGAGAUUGAGUUAUCUGUGUGGUGUUAUUCCCCAGUAUUGGGGACGCAGGCUUGGGACUCUGCUGGAGUCAAGUCUGAGUUGUAGGCUUGGUAGUUGACUAUUGCCCGUGGCGUUGGGUUGGCGUUGUGAGGCCUGAUUGACUAUGGCACUGAGAUUAAGGUGUGCUAUAGCCCUUUGAAUGUAAUCUGUAAUUGCCAUUGAUAGUUAUUCAUAAUGUAUGCCUCAUAAUAUCAUAUAUAUCAUUAACUCAUUAAACCUUUGUUGUUAUA